GCUGUAACAAAAGAGUUUCCCCUCGGGGAUCAAUAAAGUAUUUCUGAUUCUGAUUCAGAUUCUGAUUGAAGGCUUAAGUGUAUUUUUCUCUGACAAUAUCAGUAUCUCAUUUAUGUAAAAAUGCUGUUUGACUGUUUUGAUUCUUUAUCUGUCACAUGUUCAUUAGACAUUUGCAACUUUAAGGUUUUUAAUGUUCUUUAAUCCCCUCCCCUUUUAGAGAGGACAAAGACUAAAGAUAAUCACAUAAAGUCAGACCCUGUUUUAUGGUGUCUCAGCUGAUAGUCAGCAGAUAUGUCAUCCAAGGCUCAAAUACCAGUCUUACUGUUAAGCUGAUGCCUCACAGUUUAGUACGGAACCACGCAGACAUUCACAGAGCUGUUUGGUGGAAAUCAUAGGGUUGACAGAGAAAUUUACAUUUAAUCCUAGAGAAGGAAUAGACAACCCAGUGAUGGUCAUCACAGAUGACGCAGACUCUGUGUCGACACCCAGCCCACGUCUGUGUGUUCUUAAACGAGAGGAAGGGGAGUCCUACGGCUUCCAUCUGCGGGUGGAGAGGGGACGCCAGGGUCACGUAAUCAGAAAUGUCGUGGCAGGAGGAGUGGCAGAGCGCACUGGACUUCAAGAUGGAGACAGGCUUCUGGAGGUCAACAACUGCUAUGUUGAUGAUGUUCCUCACCCUGAGGUAGCGAGGAAGAUAAAGCUAAGCGGACACCAGUUAUGUUUAUUAGUGUUGGAUGGGGAGGAGUAUGAGCAGGGUACGUCCCGAGGUCAAGACCUCCGAGGUCUGGCCAGCGCGCAUAAGGGCGAGGGAUGCAAACCACCCAGACUCUGCCACAUCACCAGGCAUCCUGUCUCUGGUCUGGGCAUCAACUUCACACCCAUUGAAGGGGAGAAAGGUCGCUUCUCUGUGAGCCUGGUUGCAGGAGGUGCAGCUGAAAAGGCAGGGGUGUGUAAGGGAGAUCACCUGGUGUGGAUGAACGGAGCAACAGUGUCCGAUCUCACACACUCUGCACUCAGCAGGAUGAUGAAAAAAUGUGGUGAUCACAUCACCAUCCUAGUGAUUGACAGUGAGAGUGAGAAGAACUACAUGCAACAGCGGAUGCCCAUCCUGCCCACCAUGGCUGUUCCAUAUAACCUGCCAUAUAGAGCCCGAAAACUCCAUCUGCUCUCUGGGCCUGGGGGCUACGGCUUCCUCCUUCGGCUGGAAAAGGCGCCAUCAGGACGCACAUCUCAUGUUCUGCGGGAGAUGGACAGCGGCGGCCCAGCAGAGAGGGCAGGUAUGCACGAUGGAGAGCUGCUGCUGGAGGUCAAUGGAGAGUCAGUGGAGUCACUUAAGCAUGAGGAGAUUGUGGACAGAGUGAGACUGAGUGGACAACACAUCUCUCUCACCACCAUCACUCCCCAGGGGCAGGAGUUUUACACUCAGUUAGGUCUAUCACCCCUUCUCUUCUGUGAGGAUGAUGCUGUUGAGAGGGAAAAGGAGAGCAGUACACCUACCAGAGAUAUCACUGACAGUGAGCAGGAGGAAGAAAGUUAUGAGAUAUCAUUUUUGUGAGCGACCAAGAUACUCGCACAAUUCUGAAGACAUUCCCCCGAUAUCACAUGGCUACUGAAGAGACUUCAGACUGAGCUGAACAAGACAAACAUGUCUAAUAUUAUUAUAUUGGCCAAGAUGUCUCAAACUUAUCCCAGGGUUUGACAAAGGAAUCCAAACAAUGAAACAGAUAAAAUAAGCUAAAUGAAACUGUAAUAUUGUCAGUUGUACAAAUCACAAAGACAUUUUGUAAUGUGUAUGUGUAUCUAUAGAUGUAGAACAUUUAAUCUUAGACAACAACUGCCACAUAUGAUCUCAAUCAGAAGAAAUACAGAAUAAAUAUAAUGGUGUCCACAGUUUAAAGGAUCAUAAUCUUUAUAAACUAAAUUUCUUAUUGUACUGAGAUGAAUGGAACCCAGUGGCUGUGUGUUAGCGGAAACACAUUCGGAAAUCUUAAAAAUGAUCAGCAGUAAUGUAAUGUACUCAUGAUAAAUGGGAAAACACUGGUAUGGCACUUUAAUGUUUUAAAAAAUAAUUAAAUAUAAUACAUUUAAUUGUAUUGUUUUGGGUGUGAGUGGAGGGUUAUGCACAUGUGUUUUGAGUAUUACAUAUAAAACAUUAUGUUUAUUGAGAAUGUAGCUGAAAUAUAGCUGAAAUAAUAUGGAUAUGAAUAUUUACCAACAAUUUGCCAUGUUGAACUCCCAAAGAUUCCAUAGCCUAAUACAUAAUACAAACGCAUAAAAGGGCAAUGUGCAAAAUGAAUGAAAGCAUCACACGAUACAAGUUUCUAGACAAAUGUAAAAGCGGUGGUGUGAAGUGUUUUAGCAGAAUUUAUGUAUCCAUAAACCAAGAUUUUUAUGUAACUGAUCUGACCAAAUAUAUUAAAAGUCUAAUUGUCCAUGACAUCA